CGUUUUUCCCAAUUCAAUUCCAUCCAAAACCAUGCGCAAGGGCACCACGGUGAUGGGCACGCUGACCGACCGCGUCGAUGUCGUCAAGCACUCCCUCGGCAGCGACACCAUCGCCGUCGCAGUCGUCAAGGCCACCAACAACGACAUUUGCGCACCGAAGCGCAAACACGUCGAAAAUAUUCUCAACCACUUGUCAUUCUCGGGCGGCAUCAGCCCGAAUGAGCUUGUGCGCCUGCUGCACGAGCGCCUUCAAACCAAGAACUGGGUCUCCGUCUUCAAGACACUCAUCGUCUACCACAUUCUCAUGCGCGAUGGCCAGGAGCGCUUCUCGAGGUACCUGGGCGAGGCGAGGCUCAAUCUGAAUGUGUUGAACUUCCUCGACAAGAGCAACCCUCAAGCAUAUGACAUGUCCGGCUUCAUCCGACGCUACGCUCGCUACCUCGAGACGCGUGUGGCCACAUUUUCGCAGCUCGAUCUCGACCCCAUCCGCCGCGCCCCCAGCGCCGAGAAACACAUCAAGACGCUCCCAGUGGCUGCCUUGUUCUCGGAGGCGCAUUCUUUCCAGGUGUUGGUUGACUCUCUCCUGGAAAUGCAGGCGCGAGAGGACGAAAUGAACAACUAUGUCAUUUCGGCUGCAUUCGUCUAUCUGAUGAAGGACCUGAUCCGUCUCUAUGCUGUCCUGAACGACUAUGUGAUUCGAAUUCUGGAAAUCUUUUUCGAUUUGGACAAGACCGGAGCAAAAGAAGCCUUGGAGAUUUACAAAAAGUAUCUGCACGAGACGGGCAUCAUGAUGAAGUUCAUGGAGCUCGCUCGCAUUUCCCAGAUCAUUAGCGACGAUGAAGUCCCCGAUCUCGCUCAGGCACCCACCGCUUUGUUGAAGGCGCUUGAGGAGCAUGUCCGUAAUUUUGACAUUCGCUCCACUCCCGCUCCCUCUGCUAGCUCCUCUGUCGCGGCGGACAUUGUGCUCCCGCUCAACGGACGUCCUCGCGCUCCCUCCGAUGCGGCCGCCCCGUCGGCAUCGAAUGGAAGCACUGGAAACAGUGGCGGCUUUGCCUCUUUCCAUCAAAAGACUGCUCCUGGACCCGCUCGCCCUCCUCCGCCAGCAGCCGCUGCAGCAACUUCCGCUGCGGCCCCUCGCACCGCGCCCGCGCCGGGACCUUCCGCUAGCCCUGCGGGUCGCGCGGAUCUGCUGGGUGGCGACAAGCAGCAAUCGCUGAACAAGCAAAUCGAUUUGCUCUCUCUUGACGACUUUGAUCCCAUCUCUUCCAAGGGUGGCGCUCAGCCAGUGUCGAUGCCUGCCUCUCGCCCGUCGGCCCCUGCCGUGUAUGGCCAACAACCGUCUGGCUUCGGUCAGGUUGCACCCGCCGCGCGAGGCUCCGUUCCCACAGCUUAUGCGCAACCUGCGUACAACGCGUCCCAGUUUGUGCCAGCGCAAUCCUUCUCCCCGUCAACUUCGUAUCAGCAACAACCUUUUGGACAGCCUUACGCACAGCAGCCUUUCGGGCAACAGCCGUUUGGAGCUCAGCAGCAACCCUUUGCAGCUCAACCUUUCGCGGCGCAGCAGCAGCCUUACGGCCAACCGUUCGGUGCUCCACAACAGCAACAGCCGUUUGGCCAGUCCUUUUCGCCUGUUCCACAACAGCAGCAGGCGUUCGGUGCGCCUCAAUCCACGAAUCCUUUCGGCGCACCGUUCGCUCCUCAGCAAGCAAAUCCAUUCGGGCAGCCGCAGCAGCAGCAACCACAACAACAGCAACAAAGGUCGAACUUUGCAUCAGACCCCUUCGCCAAUCCGUUCGCUUGAACCAGCUUUGGUUGGAGCCACCACAAGCGUGGUGUUGUUUGUUUUUCCUUUCGGUCUUGUCAAUUUGUUGUGUUUUGCAAGGAAUGUGAAUAAUUCACCGUGUUGCUGGGUCGAGUUGGUCAGCAAGAAAAUCGAAGUAUCCGCG